GACAUCUGCAGAGUUUGCCGGUGUGAAGGUAGUUCAGAUAAGCCACUAUAUCACCCCUGUGUGUGUACUGGAAGCAUCAAAUAUGUUCACCAGGACUGGUAAUUAAUUUUAAUCUGUUUUUUAAAAUAAAACUAAUCAAAAAUAUAAUGCCAACGUUAGGAGAAAUUGUACAUGAUGUAAAAAAUUAACAAGAAACAAACAAAAAAAUAGAACAAAUCAAAAAUAUAAUGCCAACGUUAGGAGAAAUUGUACGUGAUGUAAAAAAUUAACAAGAAACAAACAUUUUGUGUGAGUAAAACAGUAUAUAUAGAAUGUAUAAUAUUGUAUAUCUUUACAAAUUUUUCAAAAAGAAUGAUAAAGUACAUUAUUAAUUAAAAUUCUUCUUUUUCAGCUUGGUUCAGUGGCUUAAAUACAGCCGUAAAGAGUAUUGUGAGCUUUGCAAACACAGAUUUUCAUUCACCCCAAGUAAGUAAUUCUUUUGUAGUUUUAAGAGUUUUUUUAUGAAUCGUACGGUUGAUGGAAUAUAUAUCUAGAUACACCCCCAUACACUAUGUUGUGUACAGAUAUUGUUCCCACACACAUACUCGACCACAUUUUAAAUUGUUUCCUGUUGUAAAUUUUCAACAUCAUCAAAUAUAAUCCUUAUAAAUUUCAGUCUAUUCACCCGACAUGCCCAAUCGACUUCCCAUCAAGGAUAUUGUCAGUGGCCUUGUCACCAGCAUGGCGAGGGCUGUUCGGUAUUGGUUUCAUUACACUUUGGUGGCCUUUGCUUGGCUUGGGGUUGUGCCACUUACAGCAUGUGAGUCUAUUUGUUCUGUGUGUUUACAACUGAAUGUUUAAGAUAAGUAGAAAUCUAAUUGUACAGUUUUUUUGUACUAAAGGAUUCUGAGUCUGUCAGAGUAUCUUAUAGUCUUUCAUAUUGGUGGGAAUAAAGUUCCGCCCCAUCAUUGCAGAAUGAUAAUUUAUCUAAGGUAAACUGAUACUUUAUCUAAGAUAAAUUAUACUACAGUAUGAUGGAGUAAACAAUACAUAGCAUAGCAAUACAAAACAUUACAGGAAUGACCAAGGCUUCGAGUGCAAUAGGCCCACGCUACUUGUGAAUUAUUAUAGACCAUUCUUUAUGUGUGGAACAUUAUAAUUGACAUUAACGUAAUUUACGUGUACUCAAUAUUUUAAUCAGAUUUUGAUUGACACACUCUUUAACAGGAGCAUAAUGUUACUACCAGAUACAUAAAUUAUAUAAAGACACAUUUUAAAAUAAUACAAAAAAAUGUUUAACAUUUUAUUAAAAAAACUUAUUUAGGUCGCAUAUACAGGUGUCUUUUCACUGGCUCAGUCAGUUCUCUUCUUACACUACCUUUGGAUAUGCUCUCUACGUAAGUCAGAUAUAUUCACAUAAGUAACUUAAUGUUUUUGGGUCAUUUUUAUGUUUAGAAAAAAAAAAUUAUAUAUUUAUUGUAACUUUUCAAGAUAAGGAAGAAAACACUUGUUGAACCAGAGAGUACUUAACGUUUAAAUUUUUAUACAUACAAAUAUAUAUAUAUAUAUAUAUAUACAUACACACACAUUUAUAUAUACAUUUAUAUAUAGUAUUAUUUUUGUUAUUUUUAGAUUUAUUCCCUACUUUUCCAAAUUGGAAAAAAGUUUGUGGUUUUUUUCUUCUUAGCGAAAACUUGGCUGGUGACUGUUUUCAAGGCUGCUUAGUUGUGACCUGCACUUUAUGUGCUUUCAUCAGCUUGGUAUGGCUCCGUGAACAGAUACUACAUGGUGGUGGUCCAGAGUGGCUGGAGCAGCUUGGCCAACCCAAUAAUGGACAGAGAGUGAGCUUACAUCCUCCUUAAUGUUUUUAAUGUUAAGUCAGAACAUGGAGGAUUUAGAGAGGCCACAUUGAAUUUAGUAGUAACUGCAAGUUAUUUUAGACAAAGCCAGGAAAUAUGUGAUUCUGCACUAGAUAGGUCAGAACCAUGCACUCUGCUAUGUAAAUGAUUAUAAUAAUACUUAUGUGUGUUGGUGGAUGAGGUUUGAAGGUAAACAUCCAUAUUUUAUGCCUAAAGGUAAGUCCAUGGGGUUUAAUAAUUCUCAAGCAUUCAGCAGUUGGGUGAUACCUAAUCCUCUCAUAUAACUUUUAUCUCAAGAGCCCAACAGAAAUGGUUAUUUGUAUUAAUAAUGAGCUAUUGAAACAAACAAACCAUUUCAGAACAUCGGACUAGCUGGAGGGGGCUUUAACAAUUUAAAUCUUAUUGGAGGAUUGGCUGGAGGUGCAGUUAAUGCGCCAGCCAAUCACAAUGCAGCCCAGGAGCCAGGAGAGCAUGUCCCAGGUGCCAAUGAGGAGGCAGGAGAAGCCAUGGAAGUAGAUGAAGCGCUUGGAGAGGACGGCAACAAUGGGAACAAUGCUGCAGCCCAGGGUAAGACGAUGUGUUUCAUGGUUCUUCUCACACAUUAGUCUGGUGUCAACUAAAUAUUUGUUUAUUUGCCAAGGCUAAAUGUUUGGUUGAUAAUCUAUUUCCCAUCACCAAAUUAAUAUUGUCUUGAUUUCUAGCAUGUCUAUGCAAACUAAAAUUGUUUUACAUUUUAAAAAAUAAUUUUCAGAUGACAACAACUGGAACCCAAUUGAAUGGGACAGAGCAGCAGAGGAGCUGACCUGGGAAAGGGUAAAUUGAAGUAUACUCUCUUACAGAAAUUUACAUAAUUGAAAAAAAACAAACAAGUUACUUCAUAUAGUUUUAAAAAAAAGACUUUUCCACAAAAGUUAAAAGCUAGUUAAUAACAUUUUUGUAGAGUUUCCAGUUUUGUGAAGUGUUGAUCCUUGGAUGACUUAUCUUUUUCUCUGACAGUUGCUGGGUCUGGAUGGGUCUUUAGUGUUUUUGGUAAGUAGGCACCGUCCCUGGUGCUGUCAUUUCUCAACCACUUAACUAUCAUCUGGAUGUUGCAUGAAAAUCUGAAAAAAAAAGUAUCACCAAGAUCCCAUUUAGAUGAUACAUGUAUGCAGGACUAAAAGAAAAUGCUUCUAAACUUGAAUGUGUCUGAAAAUUCUCAAACUUUUUUUCAUUGCUUGGUUUGAUAGUGUAUGUAGGAAUAAAGGGAAAUGUUUAGUUGAAUGUAAACUUGAAAGUAUCUGAAAACAAUAAAACUUUUUUUCAUUAUUCUAGUUAUAUAGUGUAUGUAGGAAUAAAGGGACAUUUUUAAUUGAAUGUAAACUUGAAAGUAUCUGAAAACAAUACCACUUUUUUUCAUCGCUCUGAUUUAAUAGCCAUAUUAAUUAAAAUGUUUACUGAAUUUUAAACUCAUAACAUUUUUUUUUGUCUUAACCAUCACAGGAGCAUGUAUUCUGGGUUGUCUCUCUGAACACAUUAUUUAUUUUGGUCUUUGGUGAGUGUUCUUGUAAAUUUGAAGUUUAAGUUAUGUACACUUGGCUUAGGUAACAUGUUAAAGUUAUUUUUAAGAUUGAUCAUGUUCAAUUAGCCAUAGGUGGAUUAACACCAUACAAUAUUUUAAUGCUAACAUCAUUUCAUUUACCUCCAGCCUUCUGCCCCUAUCAUAUUGGCCACUUUGCUCUGGUGGGAGCGAAAAUGGGAGAUCUGGUGAGUAUAUGCAAACAUCUUCAGAUAUUUGGUAGUUAAAAUUUCUGAUAGCUUAAUAAUUUUAAAGUAUAUAUUUAUAUUGCAUCCAGUAAACUCAAUUCCUAGGAAGUAGGCAGUUAAAAUUCCUAGGGUGUAGACAGUUAAAAAUUUACUCCAUAGUACCUCUUUAGAUUUAGACUAUUAAAUAAUUAGUAAUUAGAAUUAGAUUAAAUAUUGAACCACUUUUGUAUCAUUUUUGUUGUUAAAUGAUGAUGUCUGGCCAACAAAUUAUAUUUUUAGUUCUAAUUCUAUAUAAUUUUUGUUGUUAAAUAAUGAUGUCUGGCCAACAUAUUAUAGUUUUAGUUCUAAUUCUAUAUCAUUUUUUUGUUAAAUGAUGAUGUCUGGCCAACAUAUUGUUGUUUUAGUUCUAAUUCUAAUCCUGUGCAAUAAGUGUUGAACCCCCCUAUUCCUUCUAGGUUUUGGCCUCUCAUUUUGAAGGUCUUCUUACCACACUGACAGGCUACCUUGUCAUAGCCGUGUCUCUGCUGAUCAUCUACACACUGUGUUCCCUGACUAGGUUAAAAAAGUGAGUUUGGAUAAACUUUUAACAUGUUUUCUCCCCCGCUCUCUUCUUGCAUUGUAAAAAUUCACACUUAACAUUUUUUUCCCUGAAUUUUUUUUGGUCAUAGUCUCUGAUCUGAAUAGUCCAAUAUACAUGAGACAUUUAUCUGAUAGUGGCUAGUAAACCUACUGUUAGAAUAUAUCCUCACUAAAUGUGAACAUGCACCACCAGGUGCAACUUGAACUCUUUAACUGUGUCCUUACUAUGCCUGGUCUUGUGCAACAUUUGGACACUGGUCAUUAUCAAACCUUAUUAAUCUUUUCAUUGAACCUGGAGAGCUACAGAGUUGGACAACCUGUGCAUCAGAACCAUAGCUUAACAGUUGUAUAGUUGGUACAAUCUGUGCAUCACAACCACAGCUUAAGAGUUGUAUAGUUGGUACAAUCUGUGCAUCACAAUCACAGCUUUUAAGAGUUGUAUAGUUGUUACCAUCUUUGCAUCACAACCACAGCUUAAGAGUUGUAUAGUUGGUACAAUCUGUGCAUCACAAUCACAGCUUUUAAGAGUUGUAUAGUUGGUACCAUCUGUGCAUCACAACCACAGCUUAAGAGUUGUAUAGUUGGUACCAUCUGUGCAUCACAACCACAGCUUAAGAGUUGUAUAGUUGGUACAAUCUGUGCAUCACAACCACAGCUUAAGAGUUGUAUAGUUGGUACAAUCGGUGCAUCACAACCACAGCUUAAGAGUUGUAUAGUUGGUACAAUCUGUGCAUCAGAAGCACAGCUUAAGAGUUGUAUAGUUGGUACAAUCUGUGCAUCAGAAACACAGCUUAAGUAUGAAAUAUUUCUGUUUAUUAAUGCAAAUAAUGAGAUUCAUUGUGUCGUCUUUAAAAAGGUUUAUAAUUUUAACAUGAUUUGUUGUAACUAGAGGAAAGAUGCUGGCCAAAAAUGAUUUUAAAAAAUUGAAAUUCAACAUCCUUAAAUAUUAUAUUAUUAAUAAGCACUUAAGAAUGUUUAGAUUAUGGCACUUCAAAAACAAAUUGAGAUCUCUGUGACAUUCAAAUAAUCUUUAAAGAUUUUUAACUAAUAGCAUAAAGUGCAUAAAUAAAAUAUAUCCUGUACAAUUUGUACAAUUUUUAAUCAGCGUUUUUUUUUUUUUUUCUUUUUACAGAGGGCAAAGGAUAUUUGGCUUAUGUUUUNUGUGACAUUCAAAUAAUCUUUAAAGAUUUUUAACUAAUAGCAUAAAGUGCAUAAAUAAAAUAUAUCCUGUACAAUUUGUACAAUUUUUAAUCAGUGUUUUUUUUUUUUUUCUUUUUACAGAGGGCAAAGGAUAUUUGGCUUAUGUUAUGUUGUCGUCAAAGUCAAGCUGUUGGUUGUCAUGGAAAUCGGAGCUUUUCCUUUAAUUUGUGGCUGGUGGUUGGAUAUUUGUUCCUUGGUAAGACCUCAUGCAAGAUAACAAAGCAAUAUAGCUAGCGUUGAUGUUGAGCGUAGAGACGUUUUUUUUUAAAAUUUAAAUUAUUUUUUAAAAAUUAAAAAUCUUCAUGCCCAAAAAGAAAUUGGAGAAUGUAAAGUAUUUGUUUUAAAAAAGUUAAUAGAAAUUUAAAAUGAAAAUUGAAGUUGGAAAAUUAAUAUAGAUAAUCCCUGGUCUCAAAAUUAAUUUUCCAACCCCACUGGUCUACGCUGACAUCUCAACUAAACAUCAGUAAUUGUCCCCGAGUUUAUUUAUUCCUUUUUUUUUUCUUUCUUAAAGUCCAUGUUUGAUGCCACCCUCAAAGACAGAGAAUCCAGCUUCCUCUCGUCUCCUGGCACCUCCAUGUUCAUCCACUGGCUGGUUGGCAUGGUCUAUGUCUUCUACUUCGCCUCUUUCAUCCUCUUGACUCGGGAGGUUUUGAGGCCUGGGGUGUUGUGGUUCCUGCGUAACCUAAAUGAUCCUGAGUUCAAUCCCAUCCAGGAGGUGAGCCUGCAGAGUUAUUUGCAUAUCUUGAUGUGGGGGUCUUUAAAAAGUCGUCUGCUGACUUCCUGAAUGAGUUUAAGGUGGCAUUAUUAGCAUACAAUUGUUACAACAAAAUUUUGUAUUUUAGUUCAUGAUAUAUUUGUUUCUCUUUCGUUACAUGGCUAUAAUUGACCAUCAACAUUCCUUUGUUAAAUUCUUAUAUUUCUUUAGAUGAUCCAUCUUUGUGUGCUGAGACAUUUCAGGCGAUUCUUGGCAUCUGUGGUAAGCAAGAAAGAAGUAGCGUAAAUUUAGUCUAAAUUGCAAGUUGUGUUAAAUAAUUUCUGUUGCUUGGAGGUGAUACUCCUACAAGCUCCUUUUACUACAAAAAGCUAUUUUUACGCUUUACGACACUCUCCUUUUAUGCCAAACUCCUUUUACAUUAUAUUUAACUGCUCCACUGUUUUUUGUUGUCCUUUUUACCAAAUAUAUAUAUCUAUAUCUGAUGAGUAAAUAUACAAAUAUAUAUAUAUAUAAGAUCCACUAUGUUAAAGUCAUAUUAAAAAAUGCCAUUUUACACAUGCCAAUGGUUGGUGUCAUGCCUUCAACGCUUACCAUAAUUAUUCAGGUAAUCUUUGGAAGUGCUGUCUUACUCAUGUUAUGGCUGCCCAUUAAAGUCAUCAGAAUGGUGUUCCCUGGCUUUUUACCAUACAGAGUGGUUGUCUCAAGGUUAGUCUUGCCACAAAGCCUGCCCACAGCAGUUAACUUAAAUAGAUCCCUUUAAAUAAAAAUAUGGUUGUUAAAAAUUUAUUCUAUUUAACAAAAAUUUCUGUACAUUUAUUCUUCAGAAGUCUUGGCUGAUUACGGCUAAUGUUGCAUAUGUUAUUUGUUAGAAUUUUCAUACAAUUACCCAAAUAAGUCUUGUUAUAUGAUUAGAUUGCUUUAUCAGAGUGGGUAGAUUUCUCCCAUUAUAAACUUCAAUGACUUCAUAUCACAGGAUUGUGUGAUCCCACUUAAUAUUUCUCUAAAUUUGUGAUCUGUUUGCAGUUCCCAUAUUUCAUUCAAGGAUUGUUUUGUCUCAUUAAAUCUAGUGAGGCCCCUGUCAGUGAACUGUCACUGGAGCUCCUCCUGUUACAAGUUGUCCUACCAUCUUUACUGGAAGCAGGUCAUACAAGAGCCAUGCUGAAGAAGCUGGUAGAGGGUUGGUCUAAAGCCAUGGCGUGGCUGCUGGACCUCAGGUCCUACCUCAUUGGAGAUGUUUCCCUGGAUGGAGUGGUAGGGAUACUUGAGUGUAUAGUUCAAAUCAGUUUCCAUUAGUUCACGCAGGUUAAUGUCUUUUUUUUUGUAAAUUUAAAAAUAAUUUGUUUCCUUGCUCUAACAGACAAAAUGAAAAACAAUUGAAAACAAAUGUAACUUAAUUGAUUAAUUAAUAAUACAUUUAAUAGCAUUCAAUUUUUUUUAUUUAUGUCAACUAUAUUCAAAUCUCUUUAGGAUGCUGACAGUAUUGUUGACAGCAAUGAGCCCCACAAUCCGCCAGAGGCAAGGUUGAACAACGCAGGGCCCCCUCCCCCGCCCCAAGACCUCGGCGAGGGCCUUGGUGCGGCCCAUCAAGCCAUGCUACAAGGUGGUGGCCCGACAGGAUUCCAGCCUUACAAAAGACCUUCAUUUUUUGCAGCAAGGGUAAAGGACUUUCUAUAUUUUAUGUAUUUGAAAUACAAAAUGACAACAAUUAACAUUCAAGGCUACUCCUUUUUUCUAUGGCAAUGCAUUUUUAAAUGUGCUUAUAUAGUGAACUAAAAAUGGUGAGAGAUUCUUUCUGCAAAUUCAUUUGGCACACUUUUAAAUACAUACAUUAUGUAUGUAAAAAUUAGUUUGAUCAUGCAAUAUCUACUUCUGAAAACUUACUUUCUCUCUCUUACUUUCUCAGCCUUAAUUUAACUGAACUUUUCUCUAAAAUGCUUAUUAAUGUUAAUAAUACAUAUUGAAUUAAUGUGAAGUUAAACAAAAAACAAAAAAACUAUUUGUCCAUUACUGUUUACGGAGAAAAAAAAAAUUAUAAAUUGAAAAGAUGUGAACUAAAUAUUUUCACAACUUACAUCAAAGGUUUUCUUGUUGGGUUCAUCAUGCAUCUCUACGUCUGAAUGUGGGUCUGUCUUGCCUGUGCUUCCUCACACUGUUAUGUGUAUCAAUUAAAAACCUCUUCUAUAAAAUUUCAGAUAAUUGCUCUGGUCACUUUAAUGUGUCUGACAUUUUUCUUUGCAAGCACCAUUUCUCUAGUAUUGCCUGGUAAGAUUUGCCCUUCCAUGCAUUGAUGUCAUAGAUGUAAUUUAUUUUUAAUAUGUCUCAAGUAGGUCACUUAUCUUUUUAUUGGGUUUAUCCAUAAUAAUAAUGAAUAUAUCCUUUUGCUUUAAAGAUUAAUCUGAAAAAAAAUUGAUCUGCACAUUUUUUCAGUCUGUUGUCUAAAUAAAUUAAUUCUAAAAACAAAUGUUAUAAUUAACUGUGCCAAUCAACUUUUCUCAGUAUGUAAAAUUAAUGGGAAAUGGACCCCAAAUGCUGAUGGUAAAUAAUUUUAUCUCAAUUUUCAGUGUUCAUCGGAAGACAGCUGAUGUGGUUGUGGGUAGGAGACACCAAGAUUCACGAGCUGUACACUGCUGGAUGUGGGUUGUACAUUUGCUGGUUAUGUCUCAGGGUGUCCACGGUCAUAGCUGGGUGGUACUUGCAGGGCUGGGCCAUCAUCAAGGCUAAACUCAAACUCUGGGGAUUAUUGGCAAGUAGAAUUUUCUGUUGGUUUGACUAAUCUACUGUUUUAUUGAAUGCUUGAUAAAGUAAUUCUUGCAAUUUUUUAAAGGGAUAUUUAAAGGAUAAAGACGUUUGAAUCUAGAUCAGUGUAAUUUUUACAUGCACAAGGUUUUAAAGUUGUUACAACAAUAAUUGCUAUUGAAAUCUACAUAAAUGUUAAAGCUGGAGUCUGUCAGGUCAUUGAAGUCAUUUAUUAUGUAGCCAGUGCUGUCAUCAAGGGCUUACAGCUGUAAAGAAAGAAAUCCUAGGGUUGUUUGUGCUGUUACCAAGGGGGGGGGGGUUACAACUGUAAAUAAAGAAACCCUAGUGGUGUGUGCACUGUUACUACGGGGGUAACAACUACUGACUCAUUACUUCAAGGGCCUUUUUAUUUUACUCUUAUGAGUUACUUGAAUAUUUUGAAAGAUUUUAUGGUUGGACGUUUUGGAUUGAAUUCUUUAAUUAUGAAAGCAGAUUACAUUUCUUUGUUUACAUAUUUCUGUCUGAUUCACUUAGUAGUUUCUGUGGAAAAGUUGGCGAUUGCUUUCAUUUCAUGCCAUGCUUUGUUCUUCAGAUCAUCAAGUCCCUUGUGAUGGCCUUAGUGCUGCUGGUGGUGAUACCCUUGUUACUUGGUCUACUUUUUGAUGUCAUCAUUGUUGCUCCCAUGAGAGUGCCAUUGGAUCAGUCACCUAUUUUUUUUCCCUGGCAGGUAAGAAAUAUCUAUAAUAUAUUAUAUUAUAAUCCCUGGAUACAUUACAACAGUUGUAUAUGUGCCAUCCUUGGAUAAAUUACAACAGUUGUAUAUGUGCCAUCCCUGGAUUAAUUACAACAGUUUUAUACGUUCCAUCCCUGGAUUAAUUAAUUCAGUUGCAUACGUGCCAUCCCUGGAUUAAUUACAACAGUUGUAUACGUGCCAUCCUUGGAUUAAUUACAACAGUUGUAUAUGUGCCAUCCCUGGAUUAAUUACAACAGUUUUAUACGUUCCAUCCCUGGAUUAAUUAAUACAGUUGCAUACGUGCCAUCCCUGGAUUAAUUACAACAGUUGUAUACGUGCCAUCCUUGGAUUAAUUACAACAGUUGUAUAUGUGCCAUCCCUGGAUUAAUUACAACAGUUUUAUAUGUUCCAUCCCUGGAUUAAUUACAACAGUUGUAUACGUGCCAUCCUUGGAUUAAUUACAACAGUUGUAUACGUGCCAUAAGCUGUGGCUAAAACUUCAACAAUUUUCUUCUAAAUCUAGACAUUCAUUUCUUAAAAAGUCAAUGAUCCAAGUACCCCAACUGCAAACAAGUAGUUGGACACAUCUCCAUGCAUAUAAUGUUCUAUUUUUCCAUUUAACCCUCAGAAGAACACAUUUAUCUUUCAGUUUUAUCUUAAGUAAUUAAUUUUCAAGGACAUUUCUUAAUAAAACUAAAAAAAUGUUAGAAUAAACUUUUUUUUAUGCUUUGUAAAGACUCUGCUUAAAAAUAAUCUAUUUAAAAUAGAAAAUAAAAAUAAUCAAUUUAAAAAUAGAAAAUAAAAAUAAUCAAUUUAAAAAUAGAAAAUAAAAAUAAUCAAUUUAAAUUUAAAAAUAGAAAAUAAAAAUAAUCAAUUUAAAUUUAAUAUAGAAAAUAAAAAUAACAUUUUAAAUAAAAAAUAAUAAUAAUCACUUUAAAUUUAAAAUAGAAAAUAAAAUGUAACAAAUCAUAUUAAAAUAAUGUAAAAAUGUUCUCAGUGUGCCUUUGGUUGAUUAUCUACAAAUAGAACAAAUAAGUAAAAAACUAACCAACGGUGGCUUGUUUAUCUUCCAUGCCACCGGUUGAUGAUUGGUAGAGAAGAUGUCAUUCAGGUUUACUGGUUGGACAGGUUUGGAUUGGGGUUUCUGGGUCCCGUUAUCCACAACCCCAUAGUUUUUUGUCUCUCUCUCUUGCCAUCAGUCACUUAACCUUUAGAUAAGAAUAUGAACAUGUGGUGGUUGUUCAGUCUUUUUAUAAUAUUUUAGCUGAUACAGUCAUGCCAUCUUGUGAUAAAAUUACACAUCUACUGUGAUUUUCCUUUGUAUGCAUUCUUGUUGGAUCAUGUCUCAGGACACUCCCCCCCCCCAAAACCCGCAAAAAACCAAUACCAAAACACCUAAAAAUUAUCUUGUGUGUGUGUGUGUGCUUAUCAAUAAGUUUAAGAUUUAUGAAUAAGAUUUGUUCAAUUUAAAAUCUAUAAUUGAUUUGUUCUCUUUAUAUUCUUCUAGGACUGGGCGCUUGGUGUUCUCCACAUGAAAAUCUUAACAGCUGUCGUUAUGAUGGGCCCCCAGUGGUGGCUCAAGUCAGCUAUUGAGAGGGUAAUUGACCUUUAUAGUUUCAUAACAUGGAGAUAAUUUUUUGUUCCUAAAAUUUUUUAGCUAAUUCAAAUCAGAUCCCUCACUCCUGUUUUUAAGGAGGUCCCCUUUGAGAAAUAACACGCUAACAAAAUGGUUAAGUGUUCUUAUAAAAGAGUUUAUGUUAUUUUUUAAUUAACAUGAUUUUUUUGAAGUCAACAUGCAUUGAUCUAGACAACAAGCAAUCAUUUAAUAUUGUGUUUUGUUUGUUUCCUAGGUGUACAAUGACGGAAUGAGAAACUUAAAUAUGAAAUUUAUCAUGGUGCACAUCUGUCUGCCCGUGUCAACUUGUUUAGGCAUGGCACUGGCAGUACCAUAUGUUUUAGCAUACAGCGUUGUCCCAGCUUUUGGUGAGUAACCAUCUUGUUUUUUUAGGUGCUUUGAAUGAUAAAAUGGUGUGGCUAUUUUUAAAAUUAAUUUUUAGAAAUUCAAGGAGAUGAAUAGUUUUAACAUAUUUGCGUUUUCUCAAUUAAAUGUUUUAGGAUAUAUAUAUAUAUAUAUAUAUAUAUAUAUAUAUAUACACACACACAGGAAUUUAAAUAUCUGAAAAAAUCUAUAUUUAGUCUUCAUAUAUCCUUUGGAUUUAUAAUGGUGCAAGGAGUGGUUAUGCACACAUUUUCAUGAGCCUAACUCUAACUUUUGAGUUGAAUUUUUUCAAGUUUUUCCUGGAAAAAUGAACUCUUAUAGGUGUAUAAGGGUUGUCAAUUUCAAUUUUAGAGUAUCGUCACAUCACAAACUUUUAAAAUGAGGCAACGUAAAUAAUUUUGCUAUCCCACUUUCACUCUAUUCCUGCAGGUGUCAGUUUUGAAACUCAGACUCUUGUGGUGCGGAGGGUCUACCCCUUUGUCUUAACUGUGAUUGUCUGCUCGGCCAUGCUGACCUUCCAGAUUAGGCAGUUUCGCAGGCUGUACAACCACAUCAAAGACGACAAGUGAGUAGAUGUCAGAUGGUGGUGUUUCUAGUCCUACGCAAUAGUUAGUUUAGCACACUGUGAAGGUUUAAGGUACGAAGUAUAACAAAUGAACUUGAGGCAGAAAAACAAAAGAGUUAGAGCUUUUCAGUUCAGCUUAUAACUGUCAAAAGACUGAAUUUACAUACAUGUUUAUGAAAGAAAUAAAUACAAGAAUAAGGCUUGUAGUGCUACCACCAUUUUUGCUUAGAACGCCAACUGGCAUGCUAAUUUACACUAUCACGGGCAUUCAUUGUCAACUAUUAUCAGAAAAUGUCAUGAUAUCAUCAGAAUGCUGUUGAAUUUAAAAAUUAUUAUACUUAUUUACAGACUACAAUUUAAAUCCCAAAAAUACAAGUAAUCACAAGUUAAAAACCGAUUUAUUUAAUUCACUAUCUUCAUCAUCCUGAGCCAGUGACUGGUGGGGCAUAAGUCAGCCCAAGGCUAUCAUUAAACAUGUGCAGGUUUUCUUCAGAGGGUCUCAACAUGUGCAUAGGAUGUCAUAAAUCUUUAGAUUAGGGUUUCCUAACCUAGAGGGUGCAAGGUGGCAUUUCAAGAUUAAGAAUUUUCUAAGAAUUAUACGAACAGAGGAGGCAUUAGCUUUAAGUUGUGAUAUAAAUAUAAGGUACAAUUUUAAAUUUUGGGUUCUUGCAUUUGCAGUAAUUUCUUUUUGUUGAGAAGUCGUAGAUCUGUGGUGAGGGGGUCUUCCUCUGUGGUGAAGGUGUCUCCCUCUGUGCUGAGUGGGUCUCCCUCUGUGCUGAGUGGGUCUCCCUCUGUGGUGAGGGGGUCUCCCAGCGUGCUGAGGGGUCUCCCACUGUGCUGAGGGGUCUCCCCCUGUGCUGAGGGGGUCUCCCCCUGUGCUGAGGGGAUCUCCCUCUGUGCUGAGGGGGUCUCCCUCUGUGGUGAGGGGGUCUCCCUCUGUGCUGAAGGGGUCUUCCUCUGUGGUGAGGGGUCUCCCACUGUGCUGUGGGUGUCUCCCUCUGUUGUGAGGGGUCUCUCACUUUGCUGCGGGGGUCUCCCUCUGUCAUGAGGGGUCUCCCACUGUGCUGAGGGGUCUCCGUCUGUGUUGAUGGGGUCUCCCACUGUGCUGAGGGGGUCUCCCUCUGUGGUGAGGGGUCUCCCACUGUGCUGAGGGGUCUCACUCUGUGCUGAGGGGGUCUCCAAGUGUGCUGAGGGGGUCUCCCUCUGUGGUGAGGGGUCUCCCUCUGUGGUGAGGGGUCUCCCACUGUGCUGAGGGGGGUCUCCCUCUGUGCUGAGGGGGUCUCCCACUGUGCUAAGGGGGUUUCCCACUGUGCUGAGGGGGUUUCCCACUGUGCUGAGAGGUUUCCCUCAGUGGUGAGGGGUCUCCCUCUGUGGUGAGGGGUCUCCCUCUGUGGUGAGGGGUCUCCCGCUGUGGUGAGGGGUCUCCCACUGUGCUGAGGGGUCUCCCUCUCUGUGGUGGAGGGGUCUCCCUCUGUGGUGAGGGGGGUCUCCCUCUGUGGUAAGGGGGUCUCCCUCUGUGCUGAGGGUUCUCCCUCUGCUGUGAAGGGUCUCCCUCUGUGGUGAGGGGUCUCCCUCUGUGCUGAGUGGGUCUCCCUCUGUGCUGAGUGGGUCUCCCUCUGCGGUGAGGGGUCUCCCUCUGCGGUGAGGGGUCUCCCUCUGCGGUGAGGGAUCUCCCUCUGCUGUGAGGGGUCUCCCUCUGUGCUGAGGGGUCUCCCUCUGUGCUGAGGGGUCUCCCGCUGUGGUGAGGGGUCUCCCACUGUGCUGAGGGGUCUCCCUCUCUGUGGUGGAGGGGUCUCCCUCUGUGGUGAGGGGGGUCUCCCUCUGUGGUAAGGGGGUCUCCCUCUGUGCUGAGGGUUCUCCCUCUGCUGUGAAGGGUCUCCCUCUGUGGUGAGGGGUCUCCCUCUGUGCUGAGUGGGUCUCCCUCUGUGCUGAGUGGGUCUCCCUCUGCGGUGAAGGGUCUCCCUCUGCGGUGAGGGGUCUUCCUCUGUGGUGAGGGAUCUCCCUCUGCUGUGAGGGGUCUCCCUCUGUGCUGAGGGGUCUCCCUCUUUGCUGAGGGGGUCUCCCUCUGUGGUGAGGGGUCUCCGUCUGUGGUGUGGGGCCUCCCUCUGUGGUGAGGGGCCUCCCUCUGUGGUGAGGGGUCUCCCUCUGUGGUGAGGGGUCUCCCCCGCUAGACAAUUUUUGAUAAAUUCAAAAUGCUCUAUACAGAUAUAUAUCAUUAUUUAUAUAUCAUUAAAUAAUUUCGAAUGUGCUCUUAUAACAAGAAUGAAAAUAAGUGCAAAUUGAAUUUUAAGUAAAGGGGGUUUGUUUGUGAUGCAUUCAAGGGCCCACAAUUAUUCACCUUCCAGGCAGCAGGUGGGCCACGUGUUGGCCAGACCAUGUCUACGAUUCAAUUUGCAAUUCAUUAAUCAAAUUAGGAGGACAUUGUUUUCAAAUUUUAAAUCCAUUCUUAAUUUAAAAGUAAAUCUGUUUGAAGUGGUUGCGAAACUGGUCAGACCAUUGGAAGGGGGUUCGGAUUAAAUAAAAGGCUGGGAAAAUUUCUUUGAAAUGUUUCAUUUAAAUGUGAAAUGAUUUGUUAAAAUUUCCAUUGGUUAUUGAUGUUUCAAAAGUAAUCAAUGAUUCUGUUAACCAUCUCUGCAUAUAUUAUCCCUCCCCAGAUAUUUAGUGGGCCAGCGACUAGUCAACUAUAUUCACCAUGCCACAAGCCAGGACAACAAUCUGCAUGCGGAAGCAACUGUUACAUGAUAAAAGCUGUUUCAUCAUCUGUUUGUCUGAUUCUUGAUGUACAUAUACAUUUGAGAGUGUGUUUGAACCAUGUCCAGGUUUGAAAGCGUGUGAGUGUCAGAUUGGAGUGGAUGAUAAUUGUUUUGAUUGUGCACACAACUAAAAUUGUUUUCUUUCAAGGCUUGAGAUAUGUAAAUAUUUGUGACAUUUAUAGAAGAGUUUUGCUCUGAGUCGUUGUUGCUCAGCUCGACGAUGAUAAUUUUUUUUUAAAGCAAGAGGAAAAUGAAUUGUCUCCCCUACCUUGUGUCCAUCUUUUGUAAACUUUUGUC